AUUAUAUAUAUAUAUAUAUAUAUAUAUAUAUUUUUUUUUUUUUUAAGUAUUGUCGGGUGGUUAACAUUUUUUUCCCUCAGAACAUUUUUUUUGGGGGGGGAAGGAUUUUCUCCCAUUUUAUUACAUAAUGAUUUUUUUGGGGGGUAAUUUUUUUUUUUUAAUGCUUUGAAUGAUCUGUUUUUCCAUUUUUUUAAAAAAUCUUUUUUUGUGUGUGUGUGUGUGUUUUUUUUUUCCAAAAAUCAAUCAUUUUUGUUUGUUUUGUUUUUUGAAGGGAAUUUUAUUGAGAUUAUCGAUCCAUACAGAUCAGACAUCUUGAGACACUUAAACACAAUCGGUUGAUGCCAACCUUCCUGGUCCAAACGGAUUGGACGUCUAUCGCCGUCAACGGCAGCCAGUGAGUUAAUAUAGGCCUUAUUUGACAUAUGCACUUAUCUUUGUUUUUUCUCGUGUUGUGAUUGAUUUUCUUUGUUGUCGAUGUUGACUGGAAGCCGAGUUGCUACUGUAGCGUUUGUGUGGUUUCCGUGAGAGACGAGCAGAGGUGGGUAGAGGAGCCAAAAAUUGGUUACUUCAAAAUAAUAUUACUCAAGUAAAAUAGACAUUCAGAAAAUGUACUCGAGUCAAAAAGUAUUCGGUGAAAAGACAAUUCAAGUCAAGAUUAACAUUGUAACUGCUGACAAUGUCAGAUUUUUUUCAUCUAUAUCAGUUUUGUUUUCAUCAGCGAUAACGAAAAUAUUUCGUCAAUGAACUACUUUUUUUUUCAUGACGAUGAGGUGACAAUGACUAGCUAAAAAUGUCUCUCGGGAGACUAAAACAUAAUGAGACAAAUGCCAGUUUUCGUCCAAAAUUCACCAGUUUCCCUCAUAAUGAGUGACAUUUUCAUAUCGCGUAUGUAGUUAGCACACAUUGUAGCAGUGUUUAAAGAAUUUAACGCCUUUUUUCACGCAUCCCGCUUCCCUGGAAAGUCCAGGACAUUGUACUAAGACAUGACUCUGUAAAUGUGUGUGUCAAUCAACCCGGGAAAUUGCUUUCACGCAUAAGGGCUACAUGUUUAAAUCCCAGGAUUUAAACAGUGUUUAUGUGUGAGUGAAAGGGGCUUUGGUAAUUAUACACACUCAGCAGGAAAAUAAUAAAUUAUUUUCAUUUAAUUAUACCCACCUGCACGCCGUGAACUGUAUGUAAAAAAAAAAAAGUUUAAGAGGACGCUCGCCGUUAGCAUAGCAUUCACAUUAGGCUAAUGCUAAUGCUACGACAUAGUCUAUGUAUUGUUGAAAUAUCCUAAUUUUCUUGAUUGUGUGCACCUGUGUGGGUGUGGUGAAUAGAUGUCCUCCUGCAUGCAGUUACUGUGCGUGCAGCGAGCAAGCAACAGCGUUUUCUUUUCCUCCUUGAUUUGACAGUUUAUAUCUGUUUUUGUAUGCGGUGCUUUAGCAAACUGGGAAAAGUAGUCGCUGUUAGGGCUUACUCUGCCAGUAUGUAUACUGUGUGCAAGCCUGCAUGGAAACUGGAGACGACACACUGGAAAGCGGCGCCGCUGGAAAACUACUGGCAUCCCAGGCCGGGCUUUGUUCAUUGUCUGGCGUCGGACAGGCCCGAAAGAAGCACGCGGCGGCUUCUGUGACCGAUGCGGCAAAGCCCUUCACGCCUACCCCUCAAACAACUGCUCUCCUAAAAAUGGGCCUACGGAGGUGCCGCCGCUAUGUAUGGACCUGUUUCUCCCCUCGGCGCGCUCCUCUGUCCUCGCCUGAAGGAACCGAAGGAGGACGCACGCACGCAAACCGGGGAUAUCCCAUGGAUCUUUUCUUUUGAAUCCCGGCGACGAUUUCGCGUCGCUUUUCUCGUGACCUCUUCAUGUUCUCCUUCUGGUUGUUGCUGGUCCUCUGCCUGGGCCCGGCGUGGGUCGCGCCGGCCCGGAAGGGCCUGGAGUUCCCGCAGUACGACGGCAAGGACCGCGUGGCGGCCGUCAACGACAAGAACUACAAGAAGGCCUUGAAGCAGUACGACAUGCUGUGCCUGUUCUACCACGGGCCUGUGGAGGACAACAAGGAGCAGCAGAAACGGCAGCAGAUGACCGAGCUGGUGCUGGAGCUGGUGGCUCAGGUCAUGGAGGAGAAAGACAUUGGCUUUGGGACGGUCGACUCGCAAAAGGACGCUAAAGUGGCCAAGAAACUAGGCCUGGAAGAGGAAGGCAGCGUCUACAUCUUUAAGGCCGACCGCGUGGUCGAGUUUGACGGCUGGCUCUCCGCCAACACCCUGGUGGAGUUCCUGCUGGACCUACUGGAGGACCCUGUGGAAGUGAUAGACAACGCUCUGGAGCUGAGGGCCUUCGACAGGAUGGAGGAGGACAUCCGCGUCAUCGGUUACUUCAAGGGCGACGAUUCUGAACACUACGACGCCUUCAAGGAGGCCGCUGAGCAGUUCCAACCUUACGUCAGGUUCUUCGCCACUUUUGAUAAAUCGGUGGCUAAAGAGCUGACCCUGAAGCUGAACGAGGUGGACUUCUACGAGCCCUUCAUGGAGGAGCCCGUCACCAUCCCGGGGAAACCCUACUCCGAGGACGACCUGCUCGACUUCAUCAAUGAGCACAGAAGACCCACUUUGAGAAAACUGCGUGCAGAGGACAUGUUUGAAACCUGGGAGGACGAUAUCGAUGGCGUCCACAUUGUUGCUUUUGCAGAGGAAGAGGACCCGGAUGGUUUUGAGUUCUUGGAAAUCCUGAAGGAGGUGGCUCGAGACAACACGCACCUGCCGGAGCUUAGCAUCGUCUGGAUCGACCCCGACGACUUUCCCCUGUUGAUCCCCUACUGGGAGAAAACCUUCAAGGUGGACCUUUUCAGACCGCAGAUCGGCGUGGUCAACGUUACAGACGCCGACAGCGUGUGGAUGCUGAUCGACGACGAAGAGGAUCUUCCCUCGGCUCAGGAGUUGGAGGACUGGAUCCAAGACGUCCUCUCCGGAAAAAUCAACACCGAAGAUGACGACGACGAUGACGACGACGAUGACGAAGAUGAUGAUGACGACGAUGAUGACGAUGAUGACGAUGAGUAAAAUAACUGACCAUUGGUGAUUCCAGAACAUGAUGGAUUUUAUUUCAUAAAUGAACUCAUCAGCUGCCAUUCGAUGGCACUUAAUAAACACGAAUAUUCAAUGCCCGACAACCCACUUCAAAUGACGUCCAUCGCUAUCAAUGGCAGGGAAUGAAUUUAAUAAAGCAAAUUAGGUGCAUUUCGCGCGUUCCUGUGUUCUGUGCAUUCUUCUAUUGAGUGGAGAUAGGGACAUCUUGAGGCCGUUUUAUGGUCCUACAACGGAAUCCCAUCAAUGUAGGAAGUUGGGCGUCAUCUGCUGGCCAAAAUGUGCAUUGCUAAGUAAAUAUUUGUGUCCAUAAUGACGAUAGAAUUGUAAAAUGUCGCCAUAAAGUUUGAUAUCGUUUUGGUGAUAUAUAUUAAUCAGCACUGCUUUAAAUAAUGUUAAAAAAAAAAAUCUGCAUGAAGUUAUUAGCCAGUUUUUAGCAGACAUGAACGUUCAUGCGCUGACAACCCUCCUUUAAAAAAAAAAAAAGUGGUAUUGUUACAAUAUCUGCCGAGACCACACAUUCCAGUAUCGUAUCUGUAUCAUUUUAAAAAAUUGUAUUUUUGUGCAACACUAUUGUCAACAGUGAGCAGCAAUAACUGUAUUAUUCACUGUGACCACUGGAGGGUGAUAUUGUAUUGUGUACUAAUGUUGCAUCUAUGAGCUGAACUUUAUAAAUGACCGGAUCUAGACUACGCCCCUCUCUGCUUCUUAUCCACAAGCUAAGCACCCACUCGUAAAUGUGAUUUACUUUUGGAAUUUUAACCAUACAAAUCAACAGUGGUUCGAAAAUGUUCCAAUUUGGUAAUUAUUGCUAGCCUUUGUGUUGACCUAGACGACCUGCUACGUGAUACACACACGACACAACUGUUGACGAGACACAAGCGUGGCCAUGUUGCUGGGGGCAUCGAUCUACGUCAUCACGUUUACACUGUCAAAAAACACAUGCUUUUGUAAUAGUGAAUUAUUAUUGUUACACAGCGGUUAUCUUUCAUACCCGUUAAUCAAUCCGUGUAUUUCUGAAUAGUUUACUGUGACCCAAUUGUUAAUUGUAUAUGGCGGAAAACACUCAGGUGACUUGACAUUCCGCUCUGAGACCCCCAAUUUGCAGCAGGGGUGUCUUCACGUAGCUGGCGGGAAACAUGCUAGUUGUUCAUUCUUUCUCUAGCAAAUCAUCGAAGCAUACUUUGAGUGAGCACUACACUAUAGCCUACUAACCACAAGCCUUUUUCUAUUGAAACUGUUACCACUAAGUAACCUAAUGUGAAAAUCCUGACUGACCACUAAUAGGCUAAUACUGGCGCUAAGAUAGUGCUAGGCCGUCUGGGGGGAAAAAAAUCACGAUUUUCAAUAUACAUACACACACAUAUGUAUAUAUAUAUAUGUAACCGGUGUGUCAGCGCUGCCCGGCGUUCCGCUCCCACCUCUGACCAGGCCGGGACGCGAACCCUCGCGCCACGACACUUCCACUCGGCAAGCAAGGACGGUAACCACCGCGCCAAUAAGCUCGAGCCAGCGGCGCAGCCGUUAGCGUCCUUGCAUGAAGGAAUCAGCAGGGAGGUUUCCACGCUCCACAACGGACCUGCGUGUACCCGUUACACUCACCCCCCGAAACCUUCGCUGCCGAGCCGGGUCACGGCACCAUCGUAACCGGUGUGUCAGCGCCGUCACGCGUUCCGCUCCCACCUCUGACCAGGCCGGGACACGGACCCGCGCACCACGACGCUUCCACUCGGCAGGCAAGGACGGUAACCACCGCGCCAAUAAGCUCAAGCCAACGGCGCAGCCGUUAGCGUCCUUACAUGAAGGAAUCGGCAGGGAGGUUUCCACGCUCCACAACGGACCUGCGUGUACCUGUUUUAUAUAUAUAUAUAUAUAUAUAUAUAUAUGACGGAAAACACAGACAAGACUGAAAAAGCAAAUUCUGCUCUUGCACCCCUCUUUAAAAUACAGCAGUUUAUUUUAAGCCAAAACAACUGUUGUGUUUGAUAGAACAAUAUGUCUAUAUGCGGCCAUAGCAGAUUCAUGGCGCAUGAAGCCCCUGAACUAUUUUCAAUUUGUCCAUUUUACCCUGGAAACCCCCGUUUACGGACGUCGCGCAACCGCUUUUGUUUCAACCCAGCCAUAAAAAGCAGGAAAGUAUAUUUCUUAUUCAAAAUGUCUCAUUUUUAGCUUGAAAUCAUUAAUUGAUGUCUAAUAUUUUGUUUAAAAAAAUGACUUAGAAAAAUUAUUCACUCACAUAUUUUAAACUUUUAAACAUUACGUCACAAUGAAAAAAAUAGUGUCUGUAAAAAAGUCACGGAUACCUCAUAACUAUUGCUUAACUGUAUUUUUCUUGUUACUGUCGCAUUUUCCCCGUUAUUUGAGAUGAUAAAUAAUCCAUCCAAACAAAGAAAAAUCUUUAAAAAAAAAAAAAAAAAAAGUUUGAAAAAGUAAAUAUAUGAAAAAGAACAUCUCAACCACUCCUUGAUGUCUGCGAUUUUUGCAACGCCACCCUUGUUAUAUGACCAUGUUUCACCCAUCAAAUUCCCAAAAAUUCCAGCUGUGGCCAUUCACAGCUGUGUCUUGUCACUCAGUGAUACAUGCUUCAUGGAGUUUUUGGAUCAAAACGAGGUAAGUACGCGACAAUAUCUCAUUAAAGUCAUGGUGUCUUUAAUUCUGCUCUUUCAUGCUCUCACCUCCAAAUAGGGUUUCGCUGUUGUUAUUUUUAUUAUUUUUUUUUUAAUUCCCUCCUGUUCAAAUGUUUUCUUCCCCCAGAAAAUUGAGAUUUUAAGCUUUCCAAUGAUGUAUCACACAUGCAUAUAGGACAAUUUUAAAAUUUGGCCAAAUUGGGGGUCUCAUCUACAUCUAAGCCCGUCAAUGGGGGGCAACUGGGUAUGUUUUCCCGGGCCUCAGGACCAUAAGGGCCCCUGAAUGACGCUUAAUUUAUUUUACUUAUUAUUUAAAUCAUUUUCUGAUUAAAUCUUAUGUUAAAACUUUAAUAUAUUAAAUAUUUCCAAUAUAUACUCCUUUUUUUGGACAACACCUCCCCCCUCUUUUUUAGCAAAGAAUGGUUUGACCUCUCUCUCGCACACUCAAGGCUACACUAUGUACGUGCCCUGGGGAAAUUAAAAUCCGUCAUUUUUAUAAACUCGAAACAUGGCGAGUCGUCAUAAAUCUGGUGCGCAGAAAAGAAGAAAAGAGAUGACCACCGCUUGUAACCUAUUGAGCUGCGGUAUGACAAGACAUGU